ACAUCCUGUUGUGCAACUUUCUGAAGCCUCUAGGUGACUGUGGUGCCUUGUAGCUGUCCCGGAAGCCCUCAGCAGCAGUUGGAGUUGGUGCACAGGAGGGAUGAGGAAGACCCGGCUCUGGGGGCUGCUGUGGAUGCUCUUUGUCUCAGAACUCCGAGCUGCAACUGAAUUAACUGAGGAGAAGUAUGAACACAAAGAGGGGGAGACCCUGGAGGUAAAAUGUGACUACACACUACAGAAGUAUGCCAACAGCAGGAAAGCUUGGCAGAAAAUGGAGGGAAAGAUGCCCAAGAUCCUGGCAAAAACAGAGAGGCCUUCAGAAAAUUCCCAUCGAGUCCAAGUUGGGAGGAUCAUACUAGAAGACCUCCCUGAUCAUGGUUUACUGAAGGUCCAAAUGACCAACCUUCAAGUGGAAGACUCCGGACUGUAUCAGUGUGUGAUCUACCAGCCUCCCAAGGAAUCUCACAUGCUGUUUUAUCCCAUCCGCUUGGUGGUGACCAAGGGUUCUUCAGGUACCCCUGGCUCCAAUGAGAAUUCUACCCAGAAUGUGUAUAGGAUUCCUCUUACCACUGCUAAGUCCUUGCGCCCACGCUAUACCAGCCCCAGAACGGUGACCCAAGCUCCACCCGAGUCAACUGCCGUUGUCUCCACUCCUGGCUCUGAAAUCAACCUUACAAAUGUGACAGAUAUCAUCAGGGUUCCUGUGUUCAAUAUUGUCAUUAUCGUGGCUGGUGGAUUCCUGAGUAAGAGCCUGGUCUUCUCUGUCCUGUUUGCUGUUACGCUGAGAUCAUUUGGACCCUAGACCCACGAACCCACGAGAACGUCCUCUGACUUCCAGCCAUAUCCAUCUGGCAGUUGUGCCAAGGGAGGAGGGAGGAGGUAAAAGGCGGGGAGUUAAUAACAUGAAUUAAAUCUGUAAUCACAGGCUACUUCUAAAGUCAGCGUCUCACCUUCCUGCUCACUGCACUCAUUUCUCUAAUAACCUUGGGUGGGCAUUUCCACCUCAGAAAAGAAGUUACAGCCCCAAACAUGCCUGGUCCUUCAUUCCACCGGCCACUUGGGGUUUGCAUGAAGUACAGACAGGUCAAUGCUUUUCACUGUAAUUCUCUUGUGGGGGCUGUGACGUGCAGAAAGCACACCUGAUACUUCUGCUCAGUUUUGCCCUGGACCAUACAAUUUUGGUCUGACCUGGACAGAGCUCCCACUACAGAAGCAUCCUGCUUGCCCUAUGUUGGGAAUUCCUCUUUCUAGCAUCAGACACUUGGGUUUCAUGCUUAUAUGUGGUUCUUUCCAACACUCCCAGAAAAGGGUGUUGAAGAUUGUGGAGCAUGGAGAAAUAAGACAUCAUGGUGAGAAAGUGCAUCCUUCUCAGAGAAGAGUUAAACUGAGUAUCUUGUCCUGAGGAAAUACUGGCAGUUUGAGAUGGGAUCCAUAGGAGAACAUCAAUAGACAGCGUCAGACAUCCUGUGUGCAUUUACCGCUGGAUCCUGAAAAUAGCCCCAUGAAGGCAGAAAUGUAUGUGACUGGAACGAGGCCACAUGAGUAAGUCACUGCCCACUGGCAGGAGUGAAAACUGAAGAGCUCCUUACCUGAAGGACCCCAAAGCCAUAUGGAAUAGAAUGACCAGGAGUUC